AUGCCUGCAACACGCGGUCCAGGAGCAAAAGUUGACCGUCUAGCAGCGCUGCGCGAGGCGCGUGAACGGGGAGGUCGUCUCUCGCAGUGGAAGACCGAUGAUGCCCAAAUCUACGACGAGGUUACAGACGAGCAAUACACGUCUAUUGUCGGAUCGCGUCUUGAGGAGGACGACUUCAUUGUCGAUGACGACGGAAGCGGAUACGUCGACAACGGAAUGGACGACUGGGGAGGCGGUGAGGAGGAGAGUGAGGAUGAGGACGACUUUGAGGGCGAAGAUGAGGAGCUGCGCAAAGCACGCAAACAGAAGAGAGCGAGGGCACGCGCCAAGGCGGCCAAGGACGGUAAGGUCAAGGCGACAAAGGCCAAGCCCAAGUCUGCUCUCUCCGACUAUGCACGCUCUGCACAGACUGGCGCGUACCGCCCGGCACCGGCCAACGAGGACGACUUUAUGGCGUCUCUACUCUCGACCGUCACUGCCGAACCAUCGCGCAAGCGCAAGUCGUCGCCCCCCGAGUACCCCAGCAGUGAUCCCGCGGCGAGCUCCGACUCUGCGUGGUCCCGCGGCAAGCGGUACGGCGACGACAGCGAGGACGAGGUGUGGGACCCUAUCCGCGGUUCCAUGGGCAAGAGGCCCCGCGUGAGCGAGGCCACCAUCAAGCCCUACGACGGCAGCGAAGACGAGAAUGAGGGUGUCGACUUUGGCAUGGACAUCGACGACAACAACGAUGACGACGCGGUUGUUGUCAAGCGCGAGCCCGUUGACGAUGGCGACGACGAGAUUGCCAUCAAGCCCGCCGCCGCCCGUACCGCUGCGCGUGCUGGACCCCGCCGGCGCGUCAACAACUCGACCGCCGUCAAGAACCUGCUGGCCAAGCCUGAGCCAGAGCCCGAGAUGGAGGACGAGGUUGAGGUCAAGAAGCCCGUCCUGUCUUCUCGCAAGCCUCCUACCGACCGUACCCACUGGCAGGCUGUGCAAGCAUCGCUGCUCCCUCCCAAGAGCGACUUGGACGCCGUGCGCGUCCCGCAGGGCGGCGCUGUCAAGUCUGAGAACGUCCUCGAGGAAGACGGCAGCCUGCGCAUGUUCUGGCUCGACUUUUUGGAGCAAGACGGUGUGGUCCACCUCGUUGGCAAGGUCCUUGAUCGCUCCUCGAACAAGUACGUCUCGGCGUGCGUGAGCGUCAAGGGUAUCCAGCGCAACCUGUUUGUGAAGCCCCGCGCCAAGCGCUUCUCUGGUGGCCGCGAGACCGACGUCGAAGUCACAAAGGCCGAUGUGUACCAAGAAUUUGACUCUGUGCGGUCCAAGCACGGCAUCGAGGAAUGGGCGGCCAAGUUUGUCAACCGCAAGUAUGCGUUCGAGGACCACUCGAUCGACCGUGGCGAGAGCGAAUGGAUGAAGGUCGUCUACCCGUACGACCAGCCUCAGAUCGGUGAAGGCUUGACCGGUCAGACCUUUUCACACGUCUUUGGCGCCAACACGACGGCGUUCGAGCUCCUUGCCCUCAAGCGCCGUAUCAUGGGUCCAUGCUGGCUUAACAUCAAGGACCCUGUGCUCUCUGAAAAGGCAGCGUCGUGGUGCAAGAUUGAGUUUACCGUCACCAACCCCAAGCACGUCAACCCCUUCAGCGACGACGACGAGACGGCCCCCAAGGACAACCCGCCUCUCACGUUUAUGAGCAUUGCCUUGCGCACCAUUGUCAAUCACCGCGAGAACAAGACUGAGAUUCUCAUCGCUACAACUCGUACCUGGGAGGGCCUGAACAUUGACGACCCCACCCCACCCGAUCGCCAGGUCAGCACCUUGUCGACGAUUGUGCGCCCCAUUGAAAAGUUCCCUCCAAACCUCGAAACCAAGGCGCGGGACCCCCGCUCUCCGUUCCAGGUCGUCAAGGCCGAGCGCGCUCUCCUCAAUGCGCUUCUUGCCACUAUCAACCGUCACGACCCCGACGUCAUUGUCGGCCACAACUUUUUGGGCAACUCGUUCGAGGCGCUCCUGUACCGUCUCAAGGAGCUCAAGGCUGACCACUGGAGCCGUAUUGGCCGCUUCAGGCGCAAGGGCUUCCAGAUUACCAAGGCCGGCAGCAACGUGCGCCUCCUUGCAGGUCGUCUUGUUGCCGACCUCUCCAGUGAUGCCGCCAAGGGCAUGAUUUCGUCGACUACGUGGUCUCUCACGGAAAUGGUUGCCACCCAUCUCAAGAUUACGCGCGAGGAUGUCGAUCCCGAGGACACCCAGACGUACUUUGACCACACGGUCUCGUCGCCUGACAAGCUCGUCCACUUUAUCCGCCUGGCUGAGAUUGACGCCUACUUCCAAAUGGCCAUUGCAGCACGCGUGCAGCUGCUUCCCCUCACCAAGCAGCUGACCAACCUCGCCGGUAACAGCUGGAACCUGACGCUCAACGGUGGUCGUGCGGUGCGCAACGAGUACAUCCUGCUCCACGAGUUCCACAAGCUCAAGUAUGUGACGCCCGACAAGUCGUUCAAGAUGAACAAGGUCAAGGUCAUCAACGACGAUGGCGAGGAGGAAGAAGUCACUACGGGCCACAAGCGUGGCAAGGCCAAGUACGCCGGUGGUCUCGUGUUUGAGCCCAAGCGCGGUCUGUGGGACACGUACAUUCUCGUCAUGGACUUCAACUCGCUUUAUCCCUCCAUCAUCCAAGAGUACAACAUCGACUUUACGACCGUGGAGCGCGACGAUGUCGAGGACGGUGACGAGGAGAAGAUCCCCGAAGUCCCAGCCCAGGAGACUUCGCAGGGCGUGCUUCCGCGUAUUAUUGCCAACCUCGUCCAGCGUCGUCGCCAGGUCAAGGGGCUCAUGAAGGACAAGACCGCCUCGGCAGCCAAGCUCCAGCAGUGGGACAUUAAGCAACAGGCGCUCAAGCUUACCGCCAACUCGAUGUACGGUUGUCUUGGUUUCGCCGGUUCUCGGUUCUCGUCGCGUCCCCUCGCCGCUCUGACGACGUUCAAGGGUCGAGAGAUUCUCACGCACACCCGCGAGCUCGCCGAGUCGCUCUCCCUCGACGUCGUUUACGGUGAUACCGACUCGGUCUUUGUCAACUCCAACGUGUCCAACUACGCCGACGCGGUCAAGAUUGCCAACGAGUUCAAGCGAGCUGUCAAUGAGCGCUACAAGCUCCUCGAGAUUGACCUUGAUGCCACGUUUGAGCGCGUCCUUCUCCUCAACAAGAAGAAGUAUGCGGCAGUCAAGAUUGACGAGGCCGGCGAGCGCAGCACCGAGGUCAAGGGUCUCGACAUGAAGCGUCGCGAGUUCUCCAAGCUGUCCAAGGACGCCAGUGGCGCUGUACUCAAGGAGAUUCUCUCGGGCGAGGCCACUGAGAACGUUGUCACAAAGGUCCACGAGCUGCUCACGGGUCUCGGCGACACUGUGCGCUCGGGCGCUGUCCCUAUCGACGACUUUAUCAUCUUCAAGCGUCUCGGCAAGAACCCCGAGGACUACCCCGACAAAAAGUCUCAGCCGCACGUCCAGGUCGCUCUGCGCAUGAAGGCUAAGGGUGUGGCGGUUCGCGCGCACGACGUCAUCCCUUACAUUCUCUGCCUGGGCGCCGACGGCAAGGGAGCGCGCUCGGCGCAGGCCGACCACGCGUUCCACCCCGACGACCUCCGUCGUGCCGGCUCCGACCUCAAGAUCGAUUACGACCUCUACCUCGAUGCCCAGGUCCUCCAGCCCGUCCUCCGUCUCUGCGAGAACAUUGAGGGCACCGACCGUGCCCGUCUGGCCGAGUGCCUCGGCCUUGACCCUUCGCGCUACACCUCGCAGCAGCAUGAGGCACCGGAACGCGCCUUCUUCACCCUCGAGUCGCAGACGUCUGACAAGGAGCGGUUCAAGGAUGCCCACCCCUUUGCGCUCAAGUGUCCUGCGUGCGAGGCAGGGUUCACAUUCGAGGGCCUUGCUGCCGCUGCCGACGGCUCCGAGGGCGUCACCACCCUUCGUGCCGGAGCGGGCAUCACCUGCCCGGCGUGCUCCACCGCCGUGCCUCCUGCCUCGGUCACUGUCCAGCUCGAGACCCAGAUCCGCGCCUACAUUGCCCAGUACUACCUCGGCUGGACGGUGUGCGACGGUGAAGACUGCGGAGCGCGCACCCGCGCCAUGGGCGUGUAUGGCCGCCGCUGCCUCGGCUUCAACCGCCCAGGAUGCAGGGGCAAAGUGUCGCUCGAGUACACCGACCUCGCACUGUACAACCAGCUCCUGUACCUGCGCACCUUGUUUGACACGGACAAGGCUCUGGCAGACACGAGGGGUACGGGUCGUCACGAGGACGUGCGUGCCCUUUCGGCGGGCAACGCGGGCAUCCUCGGCCAGGGCGUGAGCGUGGUCGACAGGUAUCUGGACAAGAAUGGCCGGCGCUGGGUCGACAUGCGCGGCCUGUUUGCGUUCAUGGAGAGGAUCACCCUCGUGUGA